UAAUUUCUUUUUCUUUUUAAAUUCUAGAAUGUAUGACAACAUGUCCACAAUGGUGUACAUAAAGGAAGACAAGUUGGAGAAGCUUACGCAGGAUGAAAUUAUUUCUAAGACAAAACAAGUAAUUCAGGGGCUGGAGGCUUUGAAGAAUGAGCACAAUUCCAUUUUACAAAGUUUACUGGAGACACUGAAGUGUUUGAAGAAAGAUGAUGAAAGUAACCUGGUGGAGGAGAAAUCAAACAUGAUCCGGAAGUCACUGGAGAUGUUGGAGCUUGGCCUGAGUGAGGCACAGGUUAUGAUGGCUUUGUCAAAUCACCUGAAUGCUGUGGAGUCUGAGAAACAGAAACUGCGUGCACAGGUUCGUCGUCUGUGCCAGGAGAAUCAGUGGCUACGGGAUGAACUGGCCAACACGCAGCAGAAACUGCAGAAGAGUGAGCAGUCUGUGGCUCAACUGGAGGAGGAGAAGAAGCAUCUGGAGUUUAUGAAUCAGCUAAAAAAAUACGAUGAUGACAUUUCCCCAUCUGAGGACAAAGACACUGAUUCUACCAAAGAGCCUCUGGAUGACCUUUUCCCGAACGAUGAAGACGACCCAGGGCAAGGAAUCCAGCAGCAGCACAGCAGUGCAGCCGCGGCUGCCCAGCAGGGCGGCUAUGAGAUUCCUGCGCGGCUGCGUACGCUCCACAACCUGGUGAUCCAGUAUGCCUCGCAGGGGCGCUACGAGGUAGCCGUGCCCCUCUGCAAGCAGGCCCUGGAGGACCUGGAGAAGACUUCAGGACACGACCACCCGGACGUGGCCACCAUGCUCAACAUCCUGGCCUUGGUGUACAGGGAUCAGAAUAAAUACAAAGAUGCAGCUAACCUACUGAAUGAUGCCUUGGCUAUCCGUGAGAAAACUUUGGGCAAAGAUCAUCCUGCGGUGGCAGCGACUUUGAAUAACCUUGCAGUCCUUUAUGGUAAAAGAGGGAAGUACAAAGAAGCAGAGCCAUUGUGUAAAAGAGCUCUGGAAAUCCGAGAAAAGGUUUUGGGGAAGGAUCACCCCGAUGUUGCCAAGCAGUUAAAUAACUUGGCCUUACUGUGCCAGAACCAGGGCAAGUAUGAAGAAGUAGAAUAUUACUAUCAAAGAGCCCUUGAGAUCUACCAGACAAAACUGGGACCUGAUGACCCCAACGUGGCUAAGACGAAAAAUAACCUGGCAUCCUGCUAUCUGAAGCAAGGAAAGUUCAAGCAGGCAGAAACACUGUACAAAGAAAUUCUCACUCGUGCACAUGAAAGGGAGUUUGGUUCUGUAGACGAUGAAAAUAAACCCAUUUGGAUGCAUGCUGAAGAAAGAGAAGAAUGCAAAGGAAAGCAAAAGGAUGGGACCUCUUUUGGAGAGUAUGGCGGCUGGUACAAAGCCUGCAAAGUUGAUAGUCCAACUGUUACAACCACUCUAAAAAACCUUGGGGCACUUUAUAGACGUCAAGGCAAAUUUGAAGCUGCAGAAACAUUAGAAGAAGCUGCCAUGAGGUCUCGUAAACAGGGUCUUGACAAUGUUCACAAACAGAGGGUGGCGGAAGUGCUCAAUGACCCUGAGAACAUGGAGAAGCGCAGGAGCCGCGAGAGCCUCAACGUGGACGUGGUCAAGUACGAGAGUGGCCCUGACGGAGGGGAGGAAGUGAGUAUGAGCGUAGAGUGGAACGGGGAUGGCACUGGAUCUUUAAAACGCAGUGGUUCCUUUAGCAAACUCCGGGCUUCCAUUAGACGCAGCAGUGAGAAGCUGGUUAGGAAGCUGAAGGGAGGAAGUUCACGAGAGAGUGAGCCAAAGAACCCCGGCAUGAAGCGUGCCAGCUCUCUGAAUGUCCUUAACGUUGGUGGCAAGGCUGCUGAAGAUCGCUUCCAAGAACGAAAUAAUUGUCUGGCAGACUCACGAGCUCUGAGUGCCAGCCACACUGACCUGGCCCACUGAGGGCAGCAGGGCUAGGUAACCUGCCUUGCGAGUGUGAGACUGCCUCGCCCUGACACGCCCCUCACCGCCCUGCCCGGAGGCGCCAGCCGCACUCCUUGGCUUUCUUUCCUAGAUAGUGACGUCCACCAACCUUGGAGGUGCCUUUUCAAAACACCCGGGCAGCCGUGCCCCAGCAUUCUGUUACCCGGCCUGCAGUCCUAGUGCCAGGAGCUGCCCCAGCCACCACCCAGCCAGGCUGGCCCAGGGAGGCACAGGGGGUGCCGAGGCGGCUUCAGCAUGCUGGGGAUUGGCUCCUGCUCACAGACGCUGUUGCAUUUCCUGCCUGCUACCUUUUUGCCAUAACACCAAACUCUCUUUUAAAUUGUAACAUUGUAAUAAGGCUGUAAAUUGGGUUGGGCGCAGUGGCUCACACCUGUAAUCCCAGCACUUUGGG